AAAGUUUAUACCAAAACAAUGGAACUGAAAAACCAAACAGCAGUUUCAGAAUUUCAUCUGCUUGGACUGACAGACAAUUACAAACUGCUGCCCCUCAUCUUCGCCAUGUUCCUCUCUAUGUAUCUGAUUACAGUUCUGGGAAACCUGCUUAUUAUUAUGGCUAUCAGCUUUGGCUCCCAACUGCACACUCCCAUGUACCUAUUCCUCUCUAUCCUUUCCAUUAAUGAUAUCUGCUACAGUACAGUAACAAUCCCUAAAAUGCUGGUGAACAUCCAAGCCCAUGAUGAUAGCAUAAGUUACAUAGAAUGUCUCUCUCAAAUCUGCUUUCUUUCAAUUUUUGGUGGCAUGGAAAAUUUUCUCCUGGCAGUAAUGGCCUAUGAUAGAUAUGUGGCCAUUUGCAAGCCUCUUAGGUACACAGUCAUCAUGAACCCUAUUUGCUGUGUCCUGAUGGUUCUAUUCUCCCUUUUCUUUAGCAUUAUGGAUGCCUUACUCCAUAGUCUAAUGGUUUUGAGGCUUUCCUUCUGCACAGACCUAGAAAUCCCACACUUUUUCUGUGAGCUGGCUCAGAUUAUCAAACUUGCCUGUUCUGAUACAUUUCUCAAUAAUUUUUUUAUAUUUGUUGCAGCUUUUGUCUUUGUGGGUGGUCCUGUAUGUGGAAUUGUUUUUUCAUAUAUUUACAUUGUUUCAUCAGUCUCGAGAAUGUCAUCUGGAGGGAAGCACAGAGCUUUUUCUACCUGUGCUUCACAUCUGUCUGUGGUUUCUUUGUUCUAUGGGACAGGAUUUGGAGUUUACCUCAGUUCUGCCAUGACAGAUUCUCUUAGAAACACAGCAAUGGCUUCCGUGAUGUACAGUGUAGUUCCUCCAUUGCUAAACCCACUUAUCUAUAGUCUAAGAAAUAGAGAAAUGAAGGAAGCCUUGAGGAAACUUCUUGGUAGGCUCAUUUAUCUUAUAUGA